UCAGCCUGGGGAAGACACUGCAAAACACCAUACCUAUACCACUUUUCCAUUUCACUCUUUACAUUUUGUUUCCCUUCUACAACCCGCCUUCAUUUUAUACACUCUUUCUACCGGCUACUUGAGACUAUUAGCUCCUAUCCUACAUCUCGUUUCUACUCAUCUAUCACAUCAACUCAACACCCACAGUAGCCUGUUUGGUCUUUCAUUUUAACACACAAUGAAUUUUGCAAAGUUGGACCGAAAUCCAUACAAAAAGCUUCCUGUGAAGGACCUCGACAGGAUGCACUCCAACACGGAAAUCAAUAACAGAAAGUCGUCACAAAAUUUACGGAGGAAUUCAAAUAGUCGCAUGGAUGUUUCGCCGCUAGAUACGCUCCCGUCGUCACCGCAGCAUUCGCGACAAAGCCUGGGCGAAGGGCGGGCUAGCUUGCUCGGCCUCUUGCCCAGUCUGCCGCCUGAUAGCCCUUCUCUUUUCCUGCGGACCCUUCGGGUCGCCAUCAAGUACAUGAAAUUUCUCGGUCCCGGGAUCAUGGUCUCCGUCUCGUUCAUCGACCCCGGUAAUUACUCCGCCAGUGUCGCCGGCGGCUCCGUCCUCGAAUACAAGCUCCUCUUCACGAUCCUCCUCUCCAACUUCCUUGCGGCGUUCCUCCAGAUUCUCUGCACAAAGCUCGGCUGCGUCACUGGCCUCAACCUCGCCCAGAACUGCCGUGCACACCUCCCGCCCCGCCUCAACAUGGCAACAUAUAUCCUCGCGGAGCUUGCAAUUAUCGCCACGGACCUCGCCGAAGUUGUUGGCACCGCCAUCGCGCUCAAUAUUCUUUUUGGGCUUCCGCUCUACGCUGGGGUUCUCGUUACCAUUCUCGACGUAAUGAUCAUCCUCUUCUUCUACCGCCCCAAAGGCCCGCUAUUUGUCGUCCGGAUCUUCGAGGGGCUCGUGACGAUUCUUGUUGCCGCGACGGUCGUCUGUUUCGCAGUGGAGCUUGACAAAGCCUCCGACGUCAUUGUUUUUAAGGAUGUGAUGGAGGGGUUUCUCCCCCACAAAAAGAGCUUCCGUGACGACGGCUUGUACCUCUCGCUUGCGAUUCUCGGGGCGACCGUCAUGCCCCACUCAUUGUACCUUGGACUGGGCGUCGUUCAGCCCAGGUUAAAGGACUACGACAUCAAAAACGGCAACUACAUCGACCCCUCCGCCGCUAUGGACGAGGAGUCUCGCCAGAGCUUCGAAGAUGAGGACGACGACGGGUACAGACCGUCGCUCGAGGCAAUUAACGAAACAAUGUCGUACUCCAUCAUCGAGCUCCUUGUCAGUUUGUUCACCGUGGCGCUAUUCGUCAACGCGAGCAUCUUGAUUAUCGCCGGGGCGCUUCUCUACGACCCGAAAAAUGCCGGGAAGCCGCCGGAUGCGGACGACUCUGCCGACUUGUUCUCGAUCUACGAGCUUCUCCGCGACCACCUCUCUCCGCUGGCCGGGAAGAUCUUUGCGCUCGCCUUACUUUUCUCCGGCCAAUCCGCAGGGAUUGUGGUGACGCUUUCGGGCCAGAUGAUCAGCGAGGGCUUUCUCACCUGGACGAUGAACCCGGUGAUUAGACGGUUGCUCACCCGGUCGAUUGCCGUUUUGCCGUGCUUGGUCCUCACGAUGAUUGCCGGGCGGAGAGGCUUGGCGAAUGUUUUGAACGUCAGUCAGGUGGUGUUGAGUUUGUUGUUGCCAUUUGUGAGCGCCCCGUUGGUUUACUUUACGUGUUCCAGCGAUAUCAUGAGGGUGAAUGUGAGUGGGGGGUGUGAUCAGUACCGGCCGUCUGAGCGCGAAUUUGAGAUUGAGCUCGCAGCGAUGGACUCGCCGCUGAGUCUUGCCUCUCCUCUUGAAUUCGCCUCACCAGAGCAGUAUGUGGACAUGAGUAACGGCAAAGUCACGAAGUGUGCCGCGAUUAUCACCUGGGUGUUUAUCACGGUGUUGAAUCUUUAUUUAAUUGGUGACAUGAUCUGGUAAACCAGGAUUUACCGAGAAACACUGCAAAGGGCUGCAUUGCCUGAAUCGCAGAGCAUAGGUUUCAGCAGGAUAGCAGAGCAUGGACUUCAGCAGGAUAGCUCUGAGUUUACGGUAUCAAAAACCGACUCUUGAAGGGUUUAGUUUUAUAGAUUAGGUACGUGAGAAUAUUUAUGUGACAUCAUCUGUCGAAGGAUGUAAAAAAGUAAUUAAAAUUUCCUUUGGCACAUUUAUUCGGGGGAAUAUCCAUAUAUAAGAUAG